UUUUAAUUCGGUAACCUUAGAAUAGAAUAAACUAUGGAUCAUGUGUGUGAAAAAAUUGAAGCGAAUUGAGUAGCCUACUCCGCAAUUAGUUCGAUACUAAUGCUCGUUUCAAUCGCUUUAAGUCAAUAAUGCGUGUAAAAUUAUUAUUUAUUCGUUUGUAUGUAUUUAACGCGCGUAAGAAUGAUCGUUGAUUAAAGUACAACACUAUACCUAUUCUUUUUUUCAUAUAUUCAACGAUAACCUCGCAUUGAAUUGACAAAUUAGUCUAAAACGGAGACUGUAUUCGGAUUCGGAAAUGUUUCGUUAGAUUUUUUCGUAGUAUAUCUAUUCAACUUCGAUAUCUAGUUACCUACCUAUCUCCGCAGGUAUUCGUGACAUGUAUUCGGGUUCGAAAGCAAAUUUAAAAUCGUAUUUUUCAUCGCGAAUGCGCAAUAUUCAUAAAACAGUGGAGCAUUUGAAACCGAGAAAACAUGGACUACGCGAAGAAUGGCAAAUGGAAUCAAUAUGGAAAGAAAACCAAGAUGAGGAAAAUAUGAAAAACGAAUGGACCGUUUCAGUUUUCAAGGACAAUCUUCGGGUACAACUUUUGCAGCCUAUGCAGUCCAAAAUGGAAACGAAUUCGAAAAGUUUCAAGAAUUUUGCGCGUAAAGAUGUAAAUUACGUGUUUUUAUGGGCUGCAUUUCGAGGCCAACUCAACCUGAUGCAAUUAUGCGCCGAAAAAGGAGCCGAUGUAAGUUUUAUUUAUGGGAAUACUAAUUUUAACGCGUUGCAUUUGUCAGCCAUAGCCGGCUCGGUAGAAUGCUGUCAAUGGUUGUUGGAGAAAGGAUGUCCGAUUAUACAAACCUCCGAUCAGAUGACACCGAUACAUUACGCUACUUUAGGCAAUUCUAAAGACGUUGUCGAGUUUCUGAUUAAUUACGGAUGCGGUAUACCUUCGACAGCUAUCAAUUCGGCCGUCUAUGCCAAUGCUAUACAAUGUGUCAAAUUUCUGCUAGCUUUAGAGGCCGACGUCAACAUUUAUCACGAAGGUAUGACCCCUCUACAUGUAGCCACUGAUUUACGAUACAUCGAAUGCAUGGAAGAACUGCUCGAUGAUUCUCGUAUCGAUCCGAAUGCAAAAACAGAUCUGACCGGAUACACUGCGCUGCAUUUGGCUGCUGAAAACGGAUACGCUGACUGUAUAGAAUUACUGCUUAAGAAAAAUGCCAAAAUAAACGAGCUGAAUAAAAAACUGCAAACACCUUUGCAUUUGGCGUGUAAAAUGGAAUGUUUGGAUUGUGUGGAAGUUUUGCUCAAAAAUCGUGCUUCAGUAAAUGAAAAAGAUUUGGAUCAUAAGACACCAUUACACGCUGCGGUAGCUAAAUCGCCGUAUUCGUUAGCCAAGAUUAAAUUAUUGGUUCAAUGGAAAGCGAAUGUGAAUGUUUCAGACAGAUACGGUUACACGCCAUUGCAUUUAGCAGCCAUAAACGAAGCAGAAGAAUGUGUAACUUUCCUCAUCCUAAACGGUGCCAAUGUUGCAGCUGAAACCAAAAGUGGUACUUCCGCUUUGAAUAUGAUCAAUCGUAAAACGCCGAAAAGUGUUCCCGCCAUAUGGAAAAGGCUCACCAAGUCAUUAGCCUAUAAUACAGAGAAAAGCUUGAAAUUCAGUUUCCGAGAAUUAAUCACGAAUUCCAACAUCGGAGAAAUAGGUUUCCUGUAUGUUCUGCAGAAAGAAAAUCAUAAAGAUAUUUUAAAACAUCCUUUAUGCAAAGCUUUCCUAUAUUUGAAGUGGGAAAAAAUUAAACUGAUAUACUUUAUUCGCGUAUUUUUUGUUGUAUUGACCGCUUGCAUUUUGAGUUACUUGAUACUAAACGAUGUAAUCGAAAAAGAGUGUGACCGGUCCCAGAAAAAUAACUCAAAUGUGCCUGAAAAUUCUUCCUCUCGUCAUUGUAAUUGUACUGAACAAAUAGAUGUUAAGCAGUCAAAACCAAAUAAUAAUGAGGAUAUGAAAUACUUUUUGAACUGCAUGUGGUACAUAGCGUUAGUAUUAGUAUUUUCCAAUGUUUUACGUAGUUUAUUGUGUAAGGAUGCAUAUCCAUCGAUCAAAAGAUAUUUGUUAAAUAAUCUAAAUUUAUUUGAAUUUGCUAUGGUUAUAAUUUUAUCAAUAUUGUUCGUGUUGGAAAAUUUCAUUUAUAUGGAAUGGACGUGUCCUGUUCGUAAAUUAAUAGGCACAGGACUUAUAUUAUUAACUUGGACUUAUUUAACUCUCGUUAUAGGGCAACUUCCAUUUUUUGGAACUUAUAUAACCAUGUUUAGUAAGGUAUUGAAAGAGUUAUUGAAACUUUUGACGGUAUAUUUUUGUUUGUUGAUAGGAUUCACGGUUACAUUUAGUGCGAUUCUUCGCGAAGAACCUAAUAAGUUUGAUGAUGAGUUUUUAGGAUUUGCGCAAACGUUGACUAUGAUGACAGGAGAGUUGAAUGGAAAUGACCUGUUAAAGAAACAUGUGGAAGGAAUUGGCAAUCGAAGUAAUAUACAUGUUUACGUGGCAGCUGUAGCGUUAAUUUUUUUCAUCGUUGUUGUAAAUAUGGCAUUAAUGAAUUUACUAAUUGGUAUCGCAGUCAGCGACGUCGAAGGUUUGCAAAAGACUGCGGAUUUAUCUAAACUUGUGCAUCAAACGAAGCUGAUAUAUUAUUUGGAAUUCGCAUUAUUCCGAGGAUAUCUUUCUAAAAAAAUAACAAAAAUGUUCAAAAAUUGUUUUUUUGUGUCACCUAAUUUUUACAGAGUUGUGAUGUACGUGAGACCUUUGAAUCCUCUGGAGAAAAGACUACCUCAGGAUAUAAUGAAAGAGGCGUUGCAAUUAGCCUUAGAUAAAAAUAAACCUGAAGAAGAGGAUGCUAAUGACGAGGUCGCUAGUAGAUUGGAAGAAAUAGAAAAUAAAAUGACCGAAAUGUUUAAUAUGUUGUCAAAUUUAUCUAAUGUUGUAACUAAGAAAACAUGUACUGAUGACAAUGUGCAGGGAUAGGUUUUUAAUUUUAAUUUUCCAAGUUGGCGGAUACCAGAAUCUAUUUUGUCAUGAGUGAAAUCAUCGAUUUCCAGGUUAACAAAGUAAAUAGGAAUUUAAAAAUAUAAAAUUUAUAUAUUUAUCUGCAUUAUAAUAUACCUAUAAACAUUCAGAAAUUACAUGAAAUGUCUUGAAAGAAUUUGAAUAAAUUGGUAUGCUAAUAAUAUCUGAGUUAUGAUUUCAUUGUACCUAUUUAGUUUAGGUAAAUAUUUGUAUCUAGGCACCAAUUGAAAACGUAUUUUCUCUUUUGACGUUAAUUAUCAGAAAACAGAAAAAUUGAUUCACUGGAUGACAAUAAAAAAAAUAAUAAUAAUAU